GUAGAUAGUUGCGACUCCAUAUCGACAACUUAUCAACUUUUAAAGAAUGCUCGCUUCUCGUGCUCGCGUGCAAGCUCGUCCCGCCCAUCGGGUGGGUCGCCGUUCCACGGUGCUGGUAUCCGCGGCCGCUGCCACCACGGAGAUGCCGCGCUGGCCGGUGGUGUUCGCCAAGCUGACCGCUGCUAAGGUCCAGAGCGUCUCGCCUGAGGAGGCCGCUCGGCGCGUCGAGUCCGGGGAGUGGCUGCUGGUGGAUGUUCGCCUGGCGGAGCAGCACCAGACCGGUGCGCCGGAGGGUGCUGUGAACGUGCCCAUCUACGAGACCAUUACCAUGGAGGGGGCUGACUUCCGCAAGUUGCUGAAGGCUGUCAUGUACAAGUCCAACGGCGUAAACCCGGUGGACCCCAACCCCAAGUUCAACGAGCAAAUCAAGGCAGCAGUGGCCAAGGCCGGCGCCAAGGGUGUCAUCACCAUGUGCGAGGCGGGCGGCACCCUCAAGCCCUCCACCAACUUUCCCGAGGGCAAGCCCAGCCGCUCGCUCCAGGCGGCUUACCGCGUCCUGACCGAGGGCCUGGCCCCGUCUGUGGCCCAUCUGGAUCGGGGCGUGUACGGCUGGUACCAGGCGGAUCUGCCCAUGAGCGGCGAGUACAAGCCCGACAUCGGCCGCACGCCCAUGGCCGCCGCAGAGCCCACCCUGCAGCGUGUCAACCAGGAGCGCGGCUACGAGAUGCGCCCCGAGGACAAGCCUGUAGAGGCUGCCAGCAAGAAGCUGUGGCCCUGGUAAACAGUGCACAACCAUAUCAACGCAACUGCUGACUCGGUUGGGGCCGGGGCUUAUAGCAGGGGCCGCAGCGGUACGGCAGCCGUGACAGCAGGUGCGGCGGCUGACCAGCAUUGGUCUUCGGCAGAUUCAUUGGGUGUUGAUAAAAUGGGCCUUUCGGUCGUGGUGUGACGCAGGAGGAAGGCAGGUUUGGCCCGAUGAUGCUUCACCCGCUAUUUGGCCGGUUGGUUGGAAAGAUUACGAAGAAUUGCAGAUUGCCUACAACACACUUUACGGAAGUGUAUGUCCAGAACCCGACCACGGGUGGGCCCCAACUGGAUGCUGCCGUGCAUGCGGCGGAUCCGCAAAAAGUGAACACCUGGACCCGGUACCAUAGAGAGAUGAGUGAGCGAGAAACCUGCUAAAUAUUUUGAGGUGUGCAGGAUGUUAUGGCCGGUUUGUUGAUUCUGGAAUGGGUAGGGAGAGCUUGCUGGCAUUGUGGACUUGCUUUCGAGGAGAAGGCUGUACACCCCGUUUUGGUCACUUGGGGGCGCAACCAUACUUACACCGAUGGAGGGCGGGCCAAAGAGACUAUUGGAAGCACAGGCUCGAGGUCACACUUCUUUCAAGACUUUCGCAGUUUCCCGACACCACACGUACCGAGUUUUGGUGGCGUAGCUCUCAAGGGGGGGGGAGUUCGCCUGGCCCCCAUGAUUCAAAAGGAAAGAGUUCAACGCGAGCAAUUAGAAUCUGCUUUCAUCGUUUCGGUUAGGGUAGUAGUUGGGAGUUAUGCAUGCGACAUCAGGGGGGGGGGGGUAGGAACAAACUUUUUUGACCCCAUGCCACAAAACCUCCCGGACCCCCCGACCGACCGACCGACCGUUAGGGGGUGGAACCUGAUGGUUUCCGCUCGAGCGCAGCGAGUUAUCGGAAACCAAGGUUUCCUGCGUUCGGAGUGUUUGUUGUUGUGGGACGUGUCACCCGUCCACCGACAAGUAUCCUGAUAGACUGGCCUGCUAUGCAACGGCUUACUCCAAUGUUACUUGAUAGUACGAACUGUGCUGACGCGUUCAUCCAUGCAAAAGCCGCCCG